UGGGAGGAGUAUCCUGCUCAGUGGCCCUGUAUCCUGGUAUCCAUCCCCAUACAGGGGUCCAUUUGCCCUCCUCCAGCCUGGCCCGUGUGAUGCUCUGGCAUGAAGCGACCCCUGAGCCCCUCGCACAGCCCCGAGAGCGGGGUGCAGGCGCUGGAGGCCGGGAGCUGCCCCCCGGGCCAGCCCGAGCAGCGCAUGAAGCGGGAGAAGAAGCACCAAUCGUUCACGCUGUGCGAGGUCUGCAACAUCCAGCUCAACUCGGCCGCGCAGGCGCAGAUCCACUACAACGGCAAAUCCCACCAGAAGCGCCUCAAGCAGCUCAACAAGGGCAAGAUGCCGGCAGCACAAGCCCCAGCAGUAUGGUGCCUCCAGGGAAAAAGCCAGCUGGGGAAACUUCCAAUUCCAAUAAAAAGUGUAAGCGCUAUUUCAAUGAGCACUGGAAGGAGGAAUUUACCUGGCUGGAGUUUGACUAUGAGCGGAAACUCAUGUUUUGCCUAGAGUGUCGGCAGGCGCUGGUGAAGAACAAGCACGGUAAAGCCGAGAACGCCUUUACCGUGGGCACGGACAACUUCCAGCGCCACGCGCUGCUGCGGCACGUCAUGUCGGGCGCGCACCGCCAGGCGCUGGCCGUCAACCGCGAGCAGUCGGCUUUCGAGGGCCGCGUGCCCCCGGAGCUGCGCCCGGUCCUCAAGGCGGAGGUGAACCCGGCGAAGGUGGCCGUGCUCGCCACCGUCUACUGGAUGGCGAAGGAGGACGUCCCGCGGGAGCAGUGCUCCUCCCUGCUCGACCUGCAGAAGUUCAACCUGUGCCAGGCGCUGCUGGCCUCUGAGCACAGCCAGUUCUACCACGCCGGCUGCGCCAGGGAGAUGCAGGCAGCGAUUGCCAAAGUCCUGCACACCGAGGACAGGCACCGGAUCAAAGCCUCGCCGUUCGUGGGGCUGGUGCUGGACGAGAGAGUGGACGUCCUGGAGCAGCGCAGCCUCGCCGUGUUCACCACCACCGUGUCCCCCUGCAGCGGGCAGACCUCCGCCACCUUCCUGGGCAGCUUCGAGCUGCCCGCCGGGGGGGCCUCGCCGGUGGCGGGCAAGGUGGCCGAGGUGAUGCGCUCCUUCGGCAUCCCCACCAUGAAGCUGACAUGGCUCCGCGCCGACAGCGCCUCGCUGGUGGCCGAGCGGCUGAGCGGGGCCGGCACCGCGCUCACCUCCCUCUGCCCGCUCCUCAUGGAGAUGCACUGCUUGUCCCACGGGAGCUCCCUGCUGCCGGCCGACAGCAUCAGCAGCAUCGAGUACCUCCAGAAGUACGAGACCACUGUGGAUGCUGUGUACAGGCUCUACUCCAGCUUCAGGGGGGAAGGCAAUGGUCUGCAGGAGCUGCGGAGCGUCCUGGAGCUCUGCGAGAUAGACCUUGGGAGCCCCAGAGCCGUCCACUGGACUUCGAUAUUCCCAGCUGUGGAAGCCAUUGAUUCCUCAUGGCCCACGCUGGUGCUGCUGCUGGAGAGCGAGGCGGAGAGGUCCCCCGUGGCCCACGGUCUCUGCGAAGAGCUCAAGAAGUUCCAGUUUGUGGCCUUCACCAAGAUCCUCCUGGAUGUCCUCCCCAUCUUCCAGAAACUCAGGCGCUUCUUCCAGAUCGAGGACUUUGACCUCUCCAUCCUGAAGCCCAUCGUCUCCACCACGGCCACCACCCUGCAAGCCCAGAAGAGCACCAGCGGCCAGCACCUGCAGGAGUUCCUCAACGAGAUGAAUGAGCAUCCCCGGGAUGACCGGGAGGGUGAGAGCCGCCUCUACUACAAGGGUGUGGAGCUGGCCAACUGCUCCAAGGCGCAUCUCAAGCACUUUGAGCGCCUGAAGGAGAGCUACCUGGAGAGCGUCCGGGGCAACCUGCUGGACCGCUUCCCCAGCAGCAUCCUGGAGGCCAUCAGCUCCUUCUCGGCCAUCUUCAACCCCAAGUGCUACCCCCAGUCUUUGGAGGACAUUGGCACCUAUGGGGUCAGCGAACUCAACUUCCUCCUGCAGGCUUACUCCCGGGUGGUGGUGAGUGAAAGAGCCCUGAGCGACUUCCCCCUCUUCAAGCGGAUCGUCUUCAGCCUCAGCCAGCUCUCCUUCAAGGACCUCUGUGUCAAGCUGGUCUACAGCAGCUCCGAGAUGCACGAGCUCUUCCCGGACUUUGCCGUGCUCGCAGCCAUCGCCCUGGCCCUGCCGUUGGGCUCCGUCCUGGCCGAGAAGAUCAACCGGGGCCGGGAGCUGCUGCAGCGCGGGCGGGCGCGGCGCGGGAAGGACGAGGGGCUCUCGGACCUCAUGAAGAUUGCCAUCGACGGGCCAGCCAGCAGCGAGUUCGACUUCGCCUUGGCCAUUGAGUACUACGAGAGCGCGAGGGAGCCCGGCUUCAUCGUGGCGCAGGUGAAGUGAGGGGAGCCGGGUCCCAUGGGCACUGCCUUGGUGCUGCCCUUCCCCAUCGCUGGAUGGUGACCUGCUCCGUGCUGCAAAGAGGAAACAGGAUCCUUCCUGCCGGUCCCACAUCUCCCUCAUCCCCCAAACGCCGAGUUUGAAACCUUGGAGCCACCUGAAACCCCAAACUGCUGAGGUCCAUGAGGAUUUGUCAUCCUUUUCGUUUCGGGAGAUGGAGGCAAGCCUUCUCGUGAGCUCAAAUGUCACGUUGCCUUUGCACAAUGACACCCGGCAGCUUAGACUUAAUCCUCUGCAAAACUGCCUGCUUUUUGUUGGUUUGGAGCCUGGAGAAUGAUGCAGAAAAGGCAAGAGCAGCGUUCCAGCCUGGAAUGCCUGGCGGUGCGUGUUGGCAUUCCUCGCGCACAGCACAAAGUAUUUUUAGCAGUGGCAUCAAGUCAUGAUCGUUUCAAGAGCAGGAGAUGUAGGGAAUGAUCUUGUAAUCACCGAGGAAAUAGUAACUUUGAAAUGCAUCCUUGUGUAUAUAUGUGUAUGUGUGUAUAUAUAUACAUAAAUAUAUAUAAAUAUCUAUAUUAAA